AUGCCAGACGUUGUUACUGCUAGUGUGGGACGUUCUUCACCACGCAGCACACUACCUCGUCUUACCAAUAAACGUCGCAAUAACCGAAACACACCAAAUGUUUCGAGACGUACGAAAGAAUGCAGUGAUCCGAAUACAGAAAAAAUUCAAGGUACAUCAGGCUCGGGUACUACAACCGCAUCAUCCAAUCAAACGUCAUCAGCCUGUGCACCGUGCACACCGAUGCCAUUCCGAUGCUUUCCAGCGAAUAAAGCAAAACGAGUGCGAUUCUUUCGAAAUGGCGAUCAGUACUUCAAGGGUAUGUGGUAUGCGAUCUCAAUGGAACGUGUGCGUUCAUUCCAAGCGUUGUUGUGCGAUCUAACCAGAACAAUGACCGAUGCCAUCAAUUUACCACACGGAGUCAGGCAUAUCUUCUCGAUGGAUGGCUCGCAAAAAAUUACUAAUUUAGAUGAUUUCAAUGACGGUGAAGGAUAUGUUUGCUCAAGCUCCGAACUCUACAAAAGACUUGAUUAUGAGAAUGCACGUGAACCAACAUGGUGUAUCUCAUUGAGUGGUGGUCCUUCUUCUCCACGUCUCAUCAGCUCACCGUUGAAACAGGAACCGAAUGAUUUUGUUUACCCUCGUAUAAUAACGAUAAUUCGAAAUGGUGUCAAACCGAGGCGUGUGGUACGACAUUUGCUCAACAAGAGAACGGCACGAUCGUUUCUGCAGGUGAUCCAAGAUAUAACAGCAGUGGUUAAGUUGGAUAGCGGUGCGGUACGGAAACUGUUCGCAUUGAGUGGCAAAGAGGUAACUUGUCUGGCCGACUUCUUCCGAGAAGAUGAUGUCUUCAUUGCGUAUGGAAAAGAGCGAAUGGCUGCUGAUGAUUUUUAUGUGGAUUCCGAAGAAUCGAAACGAUUGUACAGUUCGAGAUCGUGUGGUAGACGGCGUUACAAGCCAUCUCGCCGAAGAAUGCCAGCCAGAAACGAGUCUCUACGAGAGGAUCGUGCUGGAAGCGUUGUUCCCGAUUCUGAAAUGAGUCGUCACUUACCGAUAGCCCUCGACGAUAAAUUGCAUAUUGUACGAUUAAUAGGUGAUGGCAAUACUGCACUUGUUUACGAAACUUUAUGCAAGAAGACACGCGAUCGCACAGCACUGAAAGUGAUAAGUCGAGAGAAUGCGGCUGGUAAAGAAGAGCUGAUCCAGUCCGAAAUUGCCAUCAUGCAACGAAUUUCACACGAAUUCAUCGUUCAGAUGCAUGAGUGCUGGCAAUUCGACGGCUCCUAUUAUCUAUCACUGGAACUCAUUCCGGGUGGUGAUCUGUUUGAGCAUUUAUGUCGUGUGCGACGUGUUGAUGAGCGGUGUGCAUCAUCGUUGAUAAAGUGUUUAUCGUCAGCACUCGAUUACUUACACGCUCUCAACAUUGUUCAUCGUGAUGUUAAGCCUGAAAAUUUACUUAUUUAUUCAUGUCCAUAUACGAGUGACCUUCAGUUGAAAUUAGCCGAUUUUGGAUUAGCCGUUGAAAUGAGGGAUCAGCCGUUGACAGUUAUCUGUGGCACGCCAACCUAUGUAGCACCUGAGGUACUCGCUGAAUUGGGUUACGACCAAAAAGUUGAUAUGUGGGCUACGGGUGUUAUCUUGUAUGUUUUGCUGUGCGGCUUUCCACCAUUCCAAAGUAUUGACGGUAAUCAGGAACAACUAUUUGAACAAAUUCUCAAUGGCCGUUUCACAUUUCCGGCAUCGAUUUGGAAUGAUAUUUCGUAUUCAGCUAAAGGUCUUAUUCAAGGUCUUCUACAACUGGAUGUUGAGGAACGUUUCUCUGCACAACAAAUCCUUGAAUACCCAUGGAUAAAGGCUAGUCCACGCAAUCGCUUCUCCAUUACUCGCUUCUAUUUUUUGAUUUCCCUAAAUGAGGAUUCAUCCAUUAUGGGAACACAUUUGAAAAAAAAAAAACUUCUGAGAGAAAAGGAACUUCGCUACCAGAUAAUGCAGGAGUUUCUUUCCAGCUUGGGCAGAUCAAUGAGGCUGACAUCUGGAAAGGGCGCGGUAGAGGAAGAUUAUGAACGUUUAAUGGAAGCAGUCGUGAAAGCAAGCUCUCAUCAUGAUGCACAACGUGAUCUGCUCGAUGAGAGUGAAGUGGAAUACUUCUUUUCCAGAAGAGCGAGUAUGGAUGAGCUGAGUGACUGUCAUGUCGGUGGUGAAUACGAUGCUACCUCGACGCGACGUGACAGUUCGUUCGAUUUUUUCGCAUCUCAUCGAUGA